UAAUGGUAGUGGUUGAGUGAAAAUUUACUGCCGAUCAGUUUAGGUUGGUCCCUCCAUGUUCCCUCAAACUGUUAUCGAUAAAGACCAUGGAUAUGUUCAGUACAGUUCUAUAAUAAAGAGAACGCACACAAAAGACUUGAUGACGAAGAGUUAAAUUUAGACCAUGGAUAAUCUCCCCUCUCGGAAACGGAAGAGUGCACUUUUAUAUUUGUAAAUAAUAACAAACUUUGCACUCAGCUGACAGACAAUAAUAAUUUAUUUAUAUUCAUGAUAACAUGUCCAAAAGAGAUAUGGUUUUCUAGGAAAAUCGUAGCAAGAGUGUAAGACAUGUCUAUGUUAAUACAUGUAUAAACUUAUAAAGAAGCGAGUUUCACUUUACAUAGAGAAUGAAUGCAAGGUCACAGGUAUUUGAACUGUCUGUGGAGGGCAGACAAAUAGAAGAAGUUGUUCAAAGUUUAUUCCACACACUUCUUCUUCAUAGAACAUUAGGAAAGUUUCACUAUAAACAUGAAGGUAGUUAUUCUAUUGGGACAGUUGGUAUAGUUGAUGAAGACUGUGAUUUUAUAGAUUUAACUUAUGUUCGAGUAGGAUCUGAUAAUUUAGAUCUUGCAAUAAGAAGAGAAAUAGCUUCAUUUAGAGAUUCACUGCGCUUUAAUGAUGGUCCAAGAUCAGGCCAGAUUUCAUUAGAAUUUUAUCAGAAGAAAAGAGCUCGUUGGCCAUUUCAGGCUGAAUGUAUACCAUGGGAAGUAUGGACAGUUAAACUAGAUGUCAUUAAUUUAGCUAAUGAACAUGAAAGACAGGUAUGUAGAGAGAAAAUUGGUGAACUUUUAUCAGAGAAAGUUUUAUUUGUAGCCGAGAUUAUGAACCGACAUGAGUAUGUACCUAAGACUCCUAAUCAGUCAGAAUUGGAUCUGAUUUUUGAUACUAGCUUCCUUGAUGUACAGCCUUAUUUAUAUCGUAUUUCCCAUUCAACAACUGAACCUAGUUCCACUUCUGUUGGCAUUUCUAUGAGGAAAUUUCUAAAAGAUACACUAGCCUUGUGAUGAUAGAUAAUUCCAUUUUUAGAGACAAUUUUAACAAGUUUUUAUUGACACUAUGGAGAUGCUUGGUGAUUGGUAUAUAAUAUAAUACUCCCUCAUACUUUUCACUGAAGUGAAAGAAAGUGUUAAACUGCCAUUUUCCUGUAUAUUAUUUGUACAAUGAAUAUUUAUUAAGUAAUCACCAUUUUUAUACGCCCACAUGGAAAUGUGGUCAUAUAUUGCCGUCGCCCCUGUCCGUCUGUCCACCGUCCACAAUUUCUUGUGAACAUUCUACAGACUACAUUUAUUAUCUGAUCUUUUUGAAAUUUAUAUAUUUUGUUUAUGUUUAAGCCUAUUUAUUUUCAACAAUUUCCAUUAAUUAUUUCUAGAGUUAUAGGCCUUGUUUCACUUUGUAGAACCUUGUGAACACUCUAAUGACAAAAGUUAUCAUCUGAACUGUAUUAAAUUUAUAUGCAUUAUUUAAAUUAGUGAAACGAAAAAGCCUACUGAAUUUCAGCAAUUUCUGUAUAUUGCUUCUAGAGUUAUAACCCUUGUUUCACUUUGUUGUACUGUGUGAACGCUCUAAUGACAAAGGUUAUUAUCCGAUCUGUAUGAAAUUUAUAUGUGUCUUUAAAUUAGUGAAAUGUAGAAGCCUAUUGAAAUUCAACAAUUUCCAUUAAUUGCUUUUAGAGCUAUAGCCCUUAUUUCACUUUGUAGAACCUUGUGAACGCUAUUUCGACAAAAGUUAUCUGAUCUGUAUGAAACGAUAUCAGUGUCUUGUAAAUGCUCCCUUAUCUACAAAACAAUAAAUAUGUGACAACCCUUGUCGACUGCGCUGCUGUGGGCACAUGUUUUGUUGCCUGGCAACCUAUUUUUAUACGCCCACAUUUUCAUGUGGACGUAUAUUGUCGUCGCCCCUGUCAGUCCGUCCACAAUUGUUUGUGAACACUCUACAGGUCACAAUUUUUGUCUGAUUUCAAUGAAACUUGAAAUAUAGGUUUAUCACACUAAGAUCUCUGAUCUUUUCGAUAUUGGCAUGUAUCGGACUGUAACUUCAUGGAUUGUACGGAAAAUCACGUUUUAGCUUGUGAACACUGUAGAGGUCACAAUUUUGAUCUGAUUUGGUUUAAACUUGUAAUGUAUGUUUAUAACCCACAGAUCUCGGUUCCUUUCAAUAUUAGCACAUAUCGGACCAUAACUUCCUGAACUAUGGCCCCUGAUUGUACGAAAAAUCGUGUUUUUAGCUUGUGGUCCCUUUAGAGGUUACAAUUAUUAUCAGAUUUAAAAAAACGUUUGAAUAUAUCACCGUUACAAUGUAGUGUUUGUUGAGUUUGAAUUUUGUGCCAAAACUGCCGGGCAAAAUGGCUGCCCCUCGUACACAAAUAGUGUAAACUUCUGGUAAAUCAAUGUUUAUCCGAUCUCGAUGAAACUUGAAAUACAUUUUUAUAACCCAAAGAUAUUGAUUCCUUUCGACAUUCACGCAUAUCGAAUCGUAUAUGAUCAUUACACACUAAGAUCUUGGUUCCUUUUGAUAAUCGCGGAUACCCGAAAUCGCAUUUUUAUACACCCACAUGGAAAUGCGGUUGUAGAUUGCCGUCGACCCCGUCCGUCGUCCACAAUUUCUUGUGAACACUCUACAGACUACAUUUAUUUUCUGAAUGUUUUGAAAUUGAUAUAUGUUGUUUGCCUUAGUGAGAUAAAGAAGCCUAUUUAAUUUCAAUAACUUCCGAUAAUUUCUUCUGGAGUUAUGGCCCUUGUUUCACUUUGUUGCACCUUGUGAACUCUUUAACGACAAAAGUUAUCAACCGAUCUGUAUGGAAUUCAUAUGCAUCAUUUAAAUUAGUAAAGCAAAGAAGCCUAUUGUAUUUCAGCAAUUACCGUUAAUUACAUCUAGAGUUAUGGCCCUUGUUUCACUUUGUUGAAUCUUGUGAACGCUAGUCUAAUGACAACAGUUAUCAUCCGAUCUGUUUGAAAUUGAUAUGCAUCAUUUAAAUUAGUGCAGCGAAGAAGUUUAUUGAAUUUCAGCAAUUUCUGUCAAUUACGCCAUGAGUUAUGGCCCUUGUUUUACUUUGUUGAACUUUGUGAACGUUCGAACGACAAAAGUUACCAUCAGAUCUGUAUGAAAUUUAUAUGCAUUAUUUGAACUAGUAAAACGAAAAAGCCUGUCGAAUUUGAACAAUUUCUGUAGAUUACUUCCCGAGUUACGGCCCUUGUUUUAGUUUUUAGAACCUUGUGAACCCUCAAAUGACGAAAAUUAUAAUGUCAUUUGUAUGAAAUUGUCUCUUAAAUGCCCCUAAUUACCUACAAAAGAAUAAAUAUGCGACAACCCUUGUUGACCGCCCGGACGAAUUAGCUGCUGUGGGUAUAUGUUUUGUUGCCUGGCAACCUAUCUUUAUCUUGUGGAUUCUAUAGAGGUCACAAUUUUUUUCCGAUUUUAAAAAACGUUUAAAUACAUCACCAUUCCACCAUAAUGAAAGUUGAAUUCGAAUUUCGGGAAAAUCGACAUGAAACUGCCCAACAAAAUGGCUGCUCUUUGUACGCAAAUUGUGUAGAAGUGUGUAAUACCAAGGUUGUGGACGCUCUAGAGGUCACAAUUUUUAUCUGAUUUUGAUGACCCUAAAACAUAUCUUUAUAUCCCAAAGUUCUCAGUCCCUUUUGAUAUUUGCACGUUUCAGGCCAUAACUUUCUGAAUUAUUGCCCCCGAUUGUACAAAAAAUUGUGUUUGUUUUUAGCUUGUUCUCUAUCUACACUUGCAAAAUGUGGGCGUAUCCUGCCAGGCAGCCGCUGGUUAUACAUGGCGAGACCUUUUUAAUUUCUGUCAAAAAUUAAAUUGUCAAUUUCUUCUGUGGGGUGACAGUAUGUCUUCGUUAAUAUAUUUGCUCAGUAUAUAUUAACACAGUGACCCCAAAAUUAAUUAAAAUCAGUAAACAAGCUGACUUUUACUCAAUCCUUUGAAUAAAAAAUGUAACCUUAAAGAGCUUGUCCCAUCAUUAAUGAAAUAACACAUCAGAUAACCCAAUGAAAUGCUUUAUUUUUACCUUAAAGAAGUUUAGGUCCUUUACUUUAAUUAGGUCAUAUAUAUUGAAAUGUCCAUGGUCCGUUCACAUUUUUAUACGCCCACAUUACAGUUAGGGCAUAGUAUGUUGUAUGUUAUAUUAUCUUUAUUACAGGGAUGAAACCAAUGAAAAAGCUGUUAAAGCAUGUCUUUACAUUAUUUACAUAGUCAUUUCCUUUACCUUAAAAUAUUUAGUAGAUUUUAAAGGAAAGUUAUUAAUGAAUUAUUCUUUAAACAGGAUUUGUGCAUUCGGGGUUAGAUGGAAAUAGUCACUCUUUUCUUUGAGCCGGAUGACUUGCUGUGAGCUAGCAUAUAUUGUAUUGGCAUCCAAUACUGUGUUAUUGCUCAUCAUGACAUUUUUGUAAUCAAACACAUUAACAUUGCUAUCCCUUUCUGUUUAUGUGUGUUUGUUGUGAUGCUCCAACACUUACUAUUAUAAAAGGUUUUUUUUAGUCUACAAGACUCAGGCUCUGUAGACAAUGUGCCAAUCUCAAUCACCUAUGAUAAGCUAUUCUUCUGACAAGAAUUGUAAUCAUAAAAGCAUGGACUGAUCAUCUGCAGAGGUUUGGACAAUCAUGUGGACAAUCAUGCACAGAACAUGGGGCAUAUAGAGUAUGAUUGUACUGUACCAAUCACAUGGCAAACAUUCAAAUGAUAUGAAUGUUUUCUUUGAAGAAAAUAGGGACAGUUUCUAAGGGAAAAAUUUUUUUUUUUCAUUAAGAAGAAAGGCACAAUGUAUUACUAGCAAUAAUAAUAAUGUUCUCAGUCAGAAAGUUUUCUUAUCAAGCUUAAACCAGUUACCGGUACAUAUGUUUAAGAUAUAUUUGUAUCAAACAAAGGCAUCGAUCUAGACAAAAGGGAGGGUUUUCCCCACAAUGUUUUUAGCAAUCAUGCAAUAUAAUAUUCUGGUAGAAGUGCCCAAUAAUUUGCGCAAAGUUUUUAAAUAAUUUAGAUUUUUCCAGUUCAUUCUAAAUUAUGAAGGUAAAUAUAAUAUUAGACAAAAGCUGUAUUAUUCUGGCAGGGGUUGCUUUCCAUACUAAAAAUUAUGGAGUCUGUAUGCCUAUGGUAUCAUAUUACUAUACAUUAAAUGAAUGUAAAUUGUAAAUGAUUGUAUGUAUAGCAUGUCUACUAGGCAUGAUUUAAUGUUUGUUUAUUAGUUGUAACUGUAAAUAUAUGUUUCUUGGACGUGCCAUGUAGUUUUGCUUUAUAUUUAUACAGUUAGAAAAUGACAGAAGUUCAGACAUGAUAAGUUACAAGUAACUCAUGGUUUCCUUAUGAUUGGCUACUCUGUUUAAGCUGUAACUGGUAAGACCAAACAUAGCACAAUUAAAAAUGUUUUACCUGUUGUCAAUUUCAUUGGAUUUUAUGUGCUAAUUUGCUUUGUGGGAUGACAACCUGUGUACAUUGAAAAUAUUACUUUUACAGAUAAAGUGUGUUCUUGUGUUGACACAGUAAACAAAAAUGAAAAUAAAAUUAAUAAACAGAGAGCUUGUUCUAUCACUUAAAGUAGCUAAGUCUCUAACUCAAUAUCAUCCAAAGUCUUUCACAUUGAAAACACGAAUUAUUUGUCAAUUUAAAUCAACAUUUGUUUCAAGGGACAAGAAAGAACAAUGCCUGACAUUCCUCAAAUUAUGUCAAAAGGUGACGCAAUAUUCUUAUCUGGAGUGCAUGUGCAAUAGACUGGAAUCUAGAGAUUACCAUUAAAUUGAGACUUCUGGUGUAUCUCGCCGAACAUACUGAUUUGAAAUUAGUAAAAACGGAAACGAUUGAAUGUAAAUCAGUUUAUAUAUAUUCAGAUUACAUGCGACCAAUUUCUUGUCAAUAUCUAGGUCCUGAAUAGUAGCAAUUUAGCUCCUUUAAAUUACACAUCAGAUCCACCCAAUUCAAUACUCUUUUUUCAUACCCCAUCUUAAUAAUCAUCUGGUUUUCUUAUAUCAUCUACCAUUGUGAUGUUUAAAUUUUGUGUAUGUAGGUGAUUAAUAUUUUCUAUAUAUUUAAUUGCGUGUAUAUAACAUAGAAAUAAACAGAAACUGUUUUUAGCUGUAGAUAUUAAGUACAUGUAAGAGUAAUUACAAUCUUACAUCAAAUUAUAUAUAUAUAUAUAUAUAUUAGCUUAUUAUUAUUAUGUAAAUUCGUAUAUGUAAUAAUCAUGAAUUUUUAUAUUCCCAUAUUGAAAUUUGGUCAUAUGUUAUCCUUACUCCUGUCCAUCGGUUAUUGUUUACUAGAGCGUGAAGUUAUUAACUUGAAAUUUUAUACACAGUGUAAAAGGUCAUGAAACACAGUGUUUAUGUUCAUUUCUGAUAGUUACUGGCAGAGUUAUGGCCCUUGAUCAAUUUGAAAAAUCUUGUUGACACCCUAGAAAGUUAUCAUCCAAUUGAAUUUUUACACAGAGUUUACGUUCAUCACACAAAGAAGCCCAUUUGAUAUUUUUACUGCCAGAAUUAUGACCCUUGAUCUUUUUGAAAAUACUUGUGGACAAUCUAGAUCACAAAGCUAUCUUUUGAUUGCCGUUACAUUUAUAAACGGUGUUUAUGCUCAUGAGCUGUAGAAGCUUAGGAUUACUUUCAGAGUUAUUGCCGUUGAUCAAUUUAAGAAUCUUGUGGACCCUCCAGUGGCUAAAGUUAUUUUCCUGUUGAAUUAAACUUGUAUUGUAAAGCUUAACAUCAGGAAAAACUAGAAGCUAAUCAAAUUUAAUUAUUUCUGAUGAUUACAACAUGGGUUGUUACCCAGAAAAGAAUAAAUGGGCCACAACUCUUUAGGACUGCACAGAUGACUUAGCUGCUCUGGGUGUUCAUUUGGUUGACUGGCAACCUAUAUUUAUUGAUGUAUUGAUUUUAAUUAUGCAAUAAAUUAUAUAUUUGUGUCUA